AUGGCUACUCGGGGAGGCUCGAAGAAGUCAGAAGAGGCUUCGAGCAUCUCCCCAAGGACGAAGUUUACGUCGAUCAUGCUGGAAGCAAUCAGACGAGCGAGGCUGGCUGUACUCCGUCACUUCCAUGCCCGAGAGAGCGAGUACGCUGUGGUCUUCACCUCCGGCUGUACUCAGGCCAUCAAGAUCGUCGCUGAGAACUUUCGCUGGGCGGCAGGCAGGAGCGUCUUUGCGUACACUGUCAACAACCACAACAGCGUCCUUGGUGCUCGCCAGUACGCCAAGAGCGCUGGGUGCGCCUACCAUCCCAUCCCGCAUGCUCAGGCUGCUGAGGUGCUGGAAUCAGCCGCGAAGGAUGCGGACGAGGGCAGCAAGGAACAGACCACCUUCAGCCUGUUCGCGUUCCCCGCUGAGUGCAACUUCAGCGGUCAGAAGCUAGACCUCAGCUGGACUGAGAGGGUGCAAGCUGGGGCUCUGAACCAGCUGCUGGGGUGUGGAGGCGACACCAGGUGGAAGGUGCUGUUAGACGCCGCUAAGCACGCCAGCACAUCGCCUCUCCGUUUGGAUGGUGAGCACAAACCUGACUUUAUCACUCUCUCCUUCUACAAGAUGUUCGGCUAUCCGACGGGGCUGGGAGCUCUGCUGAUCAGGAGGGAGUCGGCCGCGUGCCUGGAGAAGAAGACUUUUGCUGGAGGCACCGUCUUGGCGGCGAGAGCCGACGACGACAUGUUCGUCCUGCGAGAGAGUCUGCACGAGAGGCUCGAGGACGGAACCAUCCCCUUCCUCUCCAUCAUGGCGGCAGAGCUCGGGCUUCGGCACCUGGAGGAGAUCGGGAUGGAGGGGAUAGAGCAGCACACGUGGAGCUUGAGGGAUUUCUUCGCCUCCGAGCUGGGAAAGAUGAGGCAUGCCAACGGGAGGAAGGCGGCUAUGGUCUACGGACCUCCGCCCUCCUCUCCCUCCAGCGCCGUCGGCUCGAUCUGCUGCUUCAACAUGCUCCAGCCUGCUGGAGGGCUGCUUGACUACUCGCACGUGGAGGAGCUGGCGUGUCUGGUGGGGAUCAACCUGAGGACGGGGUCCUUCUGCAACCCAGGCGCGAACAAGGAGAUGCUGGGGCAUACAAGCGAGGACGUGGAGCUGUUCCUGAGGGAGGGGAAGGUGUGCGGGGACCGGAGGUGCGUCAUCGGCGGGAAGGCGACAGGGGCGGUGCGGGUGUCGUUCGGGUACAUGAGCACGUUUGACGACGCGAGGAGGGUCCUUCGGUUCCUGGAGACGAACUUCGUAGACAAGGGGGAGGAGGAGGAGCAGGCGGGAGGGGCUGGCGCGCAGGACGAGAGGAUAGCGACGGUUCAAGAGCUGAUCCUGUUCCCUAUCAAGUCUUGUGCUCCUCAGAUCGUUUCCUCUUCCUCUGGUUGGCUCCUCACCUCCUCUGGUCUCUUCCUCGACAGGAAGGCGGAGCCGAACAUGGCGCACGUGCAGCCGUCGAUCGUGAUGGAGGAGAGAGCCAUGAUGGUGCGAUGCUUGUCCAAGCCUGAGCUGGGCACGUUGAGGAUCAGCCUGGAGGAGGAGGACGUGGAUAGAAUGGCAGGAGAAGGAGGAGGAGGAGGAGGAGGAGGAGGAGGAGGAGGAGGAGGCAGCUUGUCGUCGUUGGGAGGCAUGCUGUUCAAGGGUGAGAUAUGGGGAGGGAGGUCGACCACAAGAUCGUUUCGAGUGUGCGGGAGGAAAGAAGUCGGUCUCUGCUACGACAAGUCAGUGAACGAGUGGUUCAGCAAGCCCCCGCAGCCAGACAGGAGGAGUGGCAGCGCCGCGAUCCUCGAAGAGGAGAAGCAGGCCAAGACCUUUCACUCGCACGGGGGGCAACUGCUCAUGGUCUCAGAGGAGAGCAUGUACGGCCUCUGGCAACGGCUGCGAGCCAAGCAUCCCUCCUCCUCAUCCUCCUCCUCCUCACGCCCGAGGACUCCUGGGGGUCUUGGGAAGUUGCAAGGACAGAUCUAA